AUGGCUUCCUAUCAGUGGUUCCCCAAGGAGAGGGACUACGAGGCCGAGAGGGUUGAGAAUGCGCUGGCUCGCACCCUGUCGACGGCGAAUCAUCCACUCAAGCCCAAUUCGAAAAAUGAGAACGAGGAGGCCGCCAAUGCGAGCCCCUUGCAUGCCUCACAGAAUGGCUCUUCAGGAAGCGUCUCGACCAAGCGUGUCACAUCGACCUUCAUCGAUCCGCUCUCUGCCGGGGACCCAUUGAGCGCCCCACAGCCCACCCCCUCGUCCAAUAUCACAACCAUGUACGAAUCGGGCAGCAUGACCCGAUCAACGUCGUCGCCUCUCGUUGCGAGAAAGGCGUCCACCAAGAGGGGGCAAUAUUACGAUCAGGAGGAAGAUCCCACCUUCGUGCCCUGGUCCAUGAAGAAGAAGGACAUUCUCACUGUCUACACCACCGACGAGCAAGUGGGCAUUCAGAUGAGCUUCAUGGAGGAAACAGGCACCAGACUGUCGGUGGCGGUCGACAAGCAAAAGCAGCGGCUCGAGGAGCUGGACGAGACCGACGAGGCGCUGGAAAAGCAGUACCUCAAGAUCUCGCAGAAGGAGUACAUCGCCCACAUCGAGAAACUGAACGAAGAGCUGCGUCGUGCGUGGGAAAACGAGGAGCGAGUGAAGACCCUCAAGAUCGCCAUUCAGUGCGCCAAGGUCCUGGGCGACAUCUCGGUGAUCAAGUUCUACCCGUCCAAGUGGACCAUCUGUACCGAGAUCCUGGACACCUUUGGCAAGCUCGUCUACGAGCGCAUCUGGGAGCGGGCGUCGCAGCACAACCCCUCCACGGGCCAAACCACCUAUCUUCCGGAUAACUUCUCGCCCAAGGACGUGCCGGAGGUGGCGAGGGAGACGUGCCGCAACUGGUUCUUCAAGAUCGCCUCCAUCCGCGAGCUGUUGCCGCGCAUCUACGUGGAGAUGGCCAUCAUCAAGUGCUACGCCUUCCUCUCCCAGAACUCCUACAGGGAAGUGAUCAACCGACUGUGCAUGAUGAUCCGCGGCGUGGGCGACCCCCUCAUCGCCAUGUACCUGCGCGCCUAUCUGGCGCGAAAGGGCCGGGAGAUCGCACCCCAGCUCACCGAGCACCUCACCACCUCCUUCAACGACUACCUCUACACCCACCAGAUCGUCACCCAGAGGCCCGCCUUCCAGAAGAUGCUCGACUCGCACAAGCUCGCGCUGUCCGACUAUAUUCACCUCUACUCGCCCGCCCUCGACUGGCUCCUGCAGUGCAUCGCCCACAAGGCGCCCGUGGACGUGUUCCAAACCACGCUCGCCAAGUACAGGAAGAGCGGCAACUCGCUGGUGCUCAACCACAUCAUCUCCUCCUUCCCGCCGGACUACAUCGCCGCCAACGCGCGCCCGAUCGCCGCGCUCAUCAAGGAGUCGGACGGCCUCUCGUACGCCAAGCACAAGCUCUACCACACCUUUGGCGUGUGCCUGGCCCUCGCCCCGGCUCCCCCGGAGAGCGAACGCUUGGCGCUCCUCAAUGACGUGUGGAAGGUGGUGGCCAAGUUCGAGGACGCCAAGGAGUACAUCGCCGUGGCCGAAGUGUGGAUCGAGUACCCGCUCAAGCACUGCACUGCGAGCGAGACGAACAGGCUGAUCCAGGACAUCGUGGCGCACGCGAAGAAGGACAAGGCCUACGACUCCAUCCAGCCGCAGCUCGCCUCCAUCGUCCACAAGGUCCUCUCGAACUACCCGGACUUCACCGCCACCUUCACUACCAUGAGCAACUUCCUGCCCCUCUUUGAUCUGUUCACGAGCGCCACCCAAGUGGAGGUGAGCAAAGCCCUGCUCGAGGCCUUUGCCAAGAACAAGUCCGUCACCUCCGACCCUCUGCUCAUCAACACUGUCUUCACCGCCGCCAAGGCGCUGCACGACUCGGUCAACACCCUGUCGUUCUCCGACGAGGUCAGACAGAUCGCCUCCCUCAUCUCCGCGUUCAUCACCAAGGUUGACUUUGGUCGGGAGGUGAUCAAGCACCUCGACUUCUACGUGGAGUGCCGAAGGGCCUUCGCCAACCUGGACGGCGUCAAAUCGACGCUCGUGCUCGGCGCCUGCAAUCUGGCCAUGCGCACCCUCAAGCUCACCCAGGGCAAGCACACCAAGAAGACCGCCGCCUUCGUCAGGGCGUGUGUUGCCUACACCUUCAUCUCGAUCCCCUCCAUGGACGACCCCUUCGCCCAACUGUACCUAUACAUCUACGCCGGGCAGGUGGCGUUGGCCAACCAAUCGCUGCCGCAAGCCGACUCCCUCUUCAAGGCGGCCAUCACGCUCGUCCAGGAGAUCCCGCCCUACACAGAAACCAUCGAGGCCGGCGGCAGCCGGUCCAACGAGACGUGGCUCCUCAACUUCAUCAGCUACUUCGCCGCCGUGUUGGUGGCCGUCCCCGGCCACCCCGAGCAGGGCGCCUUCUACCUCGUCAAGGGCCUCAUCAAGGCACGCAACUACCCGUGGGAGGCUGGAAGCAUCAGCAAGUCGCUGGCCUACGUGUCCAUCUUGGCCUACUUCAGCACCCAGGCGCAGAUGGCCCUCCCCUACCACUUCCCCAAGGGUAACGCGCCCACUCCCUCGGCUGUGGACGCCAACGACGUGCUGUACGGAGGCGACGACGCGUUCAAGAAGGAGCAGCAGGCCAUUAUCGACCGAUUGCUCGAGCUCAUCCUCGAGCAGAUGGCCGCCCUCAAGGCCGAAGCCACCCCUGCCAGCGAGCGCAAGCAGAAGCAGCUGGCGUGCGCCCUGUUCGAGCACACAGUGCGCUUCGCGGGCCUCAACACCAAGUCGGCGUCGCUGGCCGCCAAUCUGUUCAACAUGGCCAAGAAGUGCGGCGCGACCCCGGGCGAGCUGCGGACCUACCUGGUCCCGCUCCGGUCGGCUCCGGCCUCGACCCCCGCCGCCGACCUCCACGCCAAGCUCGCCUCCAGCAUCUCGUAG